GAGAGACCCGGUUGUUGAGGAAGAAGAGCGUUUGUCUCCAGAACCACCUCCUUCCAAUGAAACAGUCAUCGACCUGCCUGAAGAACAUGGAGAAGAACACUCUGCUCAUGAUAACGUCUUAGGUGUGGUUGCUGAUGAAUCCCUAGCAAUGCCCCAAGCCCCUGAAGUGAAAGAUGUCUCAACGACACCACCACCACUGCCUUUUGCUGCCUCUCCACGCGCAGCUCGCACUGGUCCUAUCAAAGCAGGGGGUCUGCUUUUUGUCCUGGACCAUUCUCGUUGGACAAAUCCAAUGAGAGAUGCCAUUGAUGUCCUUCUGGCAAAGCACCAUGGACAAAAGGACUUUCUGAGCAAGGUAGACGCAGAGUAUGCCGCCCUUGUUCAAACUGCCUCCAGGAAUCCCAACAGCCUUCUCCACCCCACCACUAAACAGCACAUCUCCCGCUACGUGAAGCACAUGGCGAAGAUGAUUAACAGAAGUUCGUCUAUGAACACUAGUCCCGAAAAACUUUUGGAAACCCAGCAGCUGUGGCAUAAACUCACUGAAGGCAGUGAAACUGUCACUGUGCCAGUUGUGACUCUCCCUCCUGCUCCAGUGAACCCCCCCAGCUCUCAACCAGAUGAAGCUCCUUUAACGAAGACUGACGUUGAAAAAAUGGUGAAGGAGAUUGUAGGUCUGCAGCAACAACAGCAGAAACCUGAAAAAAAAAUGACAAGGAACUGUCUUGCUUGUGGGCAGCCAAAGUCUCGUUACCUUGGUGAUGGAUCUUCUGUUCAUUUCUUUUAUCAGUCUGGGGAUGUGAGAUACUUCUACUGCUCCAAAAAAGUACUCCAGAUCUAUGCAGCAGAAGGCCUUACAAACCCCAGGAUGCCAUUUGCAGACUUUGCUGCCACGCCAUUUUUUGAGAGAGAGUUAAAGGCUGCAAAGCAGAGGUCUGCACAAUGCAGAAAGGUUUUGGAGGACCGACAUAAAAGAAAGGCAAGGGAGCAGCAUCCCAGUGGGCGUCUGUGCAGGUUCUGCCACAAACCACUGAAACAAGGUCCAGAGAGUCCACACAUUCACACCGGGUUCCCUGGUGUUGUGGGGAAGUAUGUUUACUGUCCUGCCAGAGUCUUGUCCCUCCACCGGGCAAAUGGGAUGACUCAAGAAAUGACCUGGGAGGAGUUCUCUCAGUCUCCUUUUUAUGAGGCUGAAAAGAUGAGGUGGGCUGCUGGCCGGCAAGCAGAAGAGGGAAAGAGAUAGCUUUUAUGUCUGUUCUAUUUGUUAUCAAAAGAUGUUGCUGUUUUGACCACUUUUGUCUCAUUUUACCUCAGCUUGUCAUAUUGGAUGAGAAAUAAGUGUAAAACGUCAAAAUCUCUGCUAAACCUGUCUAUAUGUUUGCCUGUAUUAAGUUCUCUUCUGAUAACACACUGAUUAUGAUAGAACUCGUGAUGUUAUCUAUCAAUGUGAAAAUAUUUUUAAUUUAGUUUGUGAAAUCUAUUUAGUGAAUACAAUUUUCUUACAUAUUUAUUAUUAGUGUUUAGUUUUGAUAGAAAAAGCAAACAUAUUUACUACUUCCUCAAUUCAUUUUACACCUUUAAAAUACUUGUAUUAAAGUUUUGCCUGUUUAAACCCUUCUGCCCUUCAAUUGUAAAUCCAUGGUUGAACAUUUUGGUACAUUUUGUGUUAAAUACUGUGUUUUAUUUAUUUUCAUGUUGAUUUCUUAAUAAAACAUGGUUGAAAUUGAAAUGA